GUUCGAGGCACGAGCGGGCGCGCGGCCCCCCGACUCCGCCUUCUAAACGCGGACGGUGCACCCGGCACGACGACACCCCCUUCUCAUGGAUAUCCAUCCACCUGUCUUUCGAGACUAAGACGGUUUCCAAGAUGGGCCAGGCAAUAGCGCCCGCGGGGCGCCUUCCAGAACGCGUGCGGUGCACCGCCUGGCUGCUCUACACCAUUCCUGUCGGGCGAGUAUCGCUUGCACUGCCCGUUUCCGGCGUACAGCACGUCCGCUGCGUGGAAGACGCUUGCAAAGCCUCGCUAAUGAUGCGUUCUAUGUACUUCCUCAGUCUCCGUGGCCGGUGUCACGGUGAACAGGGCCUGGACGGCCGGGCGCUGGGCUGGGCCUGAGGGUGAGGCACAGCAACUGGAGCUUGCUGUGCCGGUGCGACGUUGACGCUAAGAGGUUCGAUGGACGCACGCCGAGAGGUUGUUGGACGCCGAGAGUCACCAACAGGUUCAUCUCCUGAGGUCUCCUGAGGUAAGUACCGAGGACGGAAACUGACGGACGCUUGCUUGAGGCAUCCGUCGCAGAGUAAGCAGAGUAAUAAGCCGAGUCUCGAUUGUCUUCGGUCCA